AUGUAUCAAGAACUAAGCUGGUUUGAAACAUUGAAACCAGGUGAACUAGUGAAUCAUUUUAUUGAAGACUUGAAUAAUAUUCGUGAAGGUAUUGGCUUGAAUAUUGUUGAUUUAUUAUGCACAACUGCUAAUUCUCUUGGUAGUCUUACAUUCUCAUUUUAUGUUGGUUGGAAAUUAACAUUAGUUUUUUUAAGUACGACGCCUAUUAUUGUAGCUGCUUUUAUCAUUACAAGACAAGUAGGAACUGCAUAUACAGCUAGAGAAAAAACUGCACCUACCAGCUCCAAUGCUAUUGUAAAAGAAAGUUUAACUGCAAUAAAAACUGUUACAGCCUAUGGUGGACAACAAAAAGAACUCAAGAAAUAUGAACAGUUUUUGGUACAAGGCAAAAAAGCUGCAAUCAGGAAAGGUCUUUAUACUGGCAUCUGUCAAGCAUUUAUCAAUAUAGUAUUGUAUGCAUCAUUUGCAAUAAUUUUUUGGUAUAAAUCAGAGAUUAAUGCGUCAGAAAAUGAAGGUAAAAUAGAAGUACCAUUGAAUACAUCAAGAGAUAUCACAUUUGAUAAUGUUGAAUUUGUGUAUAAAUCACGAGAAACUCCAAACUUUAACCUUGUUAUUCCAUCAGGAAAAAUAACUGCUAUUAUUGGUGAAUCCGGAUGUGGAAAAAGUACAGUAUUUAAAUUAAUUCAACGUAUAUAUGAUCCAACAAAAGGCCGGACUUUAUUUGGCAAUGACGAUGUCAAGACAUUAAAUUUAAAAACAUAUCGAUCAAAUAUUGCUCUCGUUGAUCAAGAACCACAGCUGUUUUUAGAUACAAUAGAAGAAAAUAUAAAAUUUGGAAAUCCAAAUGCCACAGAUAAAGAUAUGGAAGAAGCCUGUAGAAUAGCAAUAGCUUACGAUUUUAUUCAAAAACUUCCAGAGAAAUUUAAAUCGAAGGAAUCCUUAAGUGGAGGACAGAAGCAGCGUGUAGCUGUUGCACGAGCUCUUGUCUCCAAAGCUAAAAUAUUACUGUUAGAUGAAGCAACAUCAGCUUUAGGUAAGCAGUAUCAUUAA